UGUAAUUUUGUUGAUGUCGGUUUCGUUUUGUCGGUUUAAAUUUAAAUCUCUGUUGUACGUUCUGACUCGGUGUUGUGUUUAUUAUUCGCUUCACCAAAAAACUGUUAAUGAAGUUUUAUUAAUACCUAAUCUGAAAUGACUUCUUUGACACCAAUAAGAUUUUCAGGUCGUAUUUUAUGUUACUUUUCGUUAUCAAGGGGAUGUAUGAAUUAUGCACCUGCUCGUAAUUUCAUCGGGAGAAGUUAUCUCUACAAAUGUAAUUGGAAGCUAAUACCUGCUUUAAAUGCUUCUAAUUCUUGCCGUCUUUAUAGUAAUGAAAGCAAGCCAGAUUCAUCAUCUACUCAGAAAGAGCAAACUGUGCUUCAAGAAUCUAAUGCUAGUAAAGUCAAUCAAAGAACAAGACUAAAACAAGCUGUUAGAGACUAUGGAGCUACUAUUAUUGUUUUUCAUGUUGCUAUUUCCUUAACAUCUUUGGGCUUAUGUUAUUUAGCAAUUUCUAAUGGAGUUGAUGUGGUGCGCAUUUUGACAUAUAUUGGAUUCUCAGAUUCCCUAAUAUCAAGCAAGGUAGCUGUUGGUGGCAGCACUUUUGUUGUGUCUUAUGCUGUACAUAAGUUGUUUGCUCCUGUUCGAAUUGGCAUUACACUUUCUGUAGCUCCUUUCAUUGUGAGAUACCUCAGAAGAAUAAAUUGGCUCAAGCCACCUAAAAGCAAAUCAUGAAUUAUAUCGUCUGAAACAUUUACUUAAUUAGAUUUUUUAAAUUAAUAUCUUAAAUUGUAUUAAAUCACAAAACAUUAUUCUGAAUAUUUUUUUAUCAUAUAGACCCCCCCCCUUUUUUUUUGUAUUUUCUUUUAAAAGGUUUUUGUAUUGCUUUGUAUUUUGUUUGUUAAUAUUCUGUCAUGAAGAGUAACUUUUUAUUUUUAUUUUUUUAUUAAAAAUUAAAUAAGUGAAAUUAAUUAUAAAAUUAGUAUGGUUUAUUUGUUAAAUUUACUAGAAAUAUAAGUAUUUUAAGAAAAUUUUAGAAUAUUUUUAAUUUACACAAAUAUUUAUUUAAUUGAUUUAUUUUUUAAAACAUAGCACAUUUUAUUGAGAAAAUUUCAAUUUUUUUAAAUAUUAGUAGUGUUUAUUGGCUUCUUUUAAAAAAAAAUAUUUUCUCUAACAAAAGUCUAAGUGCUGAAUAAUUUCUCAUCAUAGUCUAACUUCCCAACUGUUUUUAAAUAAUGUAAAGCAUGAGAACUGUAGUUAAAACUCAUUUAAUUAUAUAUCUGGCAAUUAUGUUAUAAAGUUUGAUUGGCCUUAGACUUAAUUAAAACAAUAUUUUAGUCUUAUGUGGAUAAUUCCACAAUGUGUCUGAAUUAUACAAUUUUAUUAUGUUUUCAUAUUUAAAAUUAUUUUUAAAAAGAAGUAAAGAUGUUUGAGAACAUUUUCUGCCAUGUAAAACAUUUUAUUGGAUUGUUUUUUUGUUGUAUUAUUUAUUUAUAUACUCUGAAAAAAUGUAUAGUAUACUGAAUGACUAGACAAAAUUUGUUGAUUUAGUAAGUUUAAAUAAAAUAUUUUUCAAUUAAGGUAAAAAAAAAUCUUUAAAUUUUAAUAGAAUUGAAUGAUUUAGCAACAGUUGUAUUAAAAAUUUAUGAUGUCCAUACAUUAUUUAUAAUUUUAAAAAAUGCUAUGUAAGUUAAUUUAAAUAAGUUCCAUAUUUAUAUACUCAGUCAUUUUUAAAUUUUUGCAUUUGUAUACUUCAUUUCUGUAGUAUAAAAAAAAAGAGAUGGAGUUAAAUAAAUUCCUAAAAAAAAUGCCUAAUCCUUAAGAGAAGAUUCUCCCCCCAAUGAAAUACUUUGGGGGAAGAGCUGAAUUUUUCUAUACAAAUAUUAUUUAAUGCCAUGCCUUAAACAAGAGUAUAAGACUUUUGUUAUCUAAAGUAAAAUUCUCGAUGUCAUUGCCAUCAUAUAAUAUAUUGGGAAAAAGAGAAGUUGUAAGAGUUUGUUUCAUGCAACUAAUGGUGUCCAUAUCAAGGUUUCUUAAAUCAGGUAAAAAUAACAGAUAUUAAAUCCUAAUUCUUUAAGUAAUUUCCAUUAAUUCAUCUGUUUUCUUAAUAAAAUCUGGAAAUUGUAAAAAGUUCUUGAAGCAUUGUCCUGAAUAAAUCACCAAUGUAUAAAUUAUAAUUGUUUAUGAAUAAAUCGGUGAAUUUUUAUAAUGAUAAUAGGCAAUAUGUUAUCAUUGAUUAAUCAAACUUCUUGAAAGAAGAGAAGAUGUUUUUUCUACGGCAUGUAUUUUUAAAUUCUGGCAUUUUUGCUUAUCCUGGUGGUUCCCAGAACUUGCAAAAUUAGUUCCAAAAACCAUGAAAAGUUUUUUUUUUUUUUUUUAAUAUUAACCGAAUAAUUUAUGCUUAAAUCUUAAUUUCAUCUUGCAUUUAGAACUUUGACUGUUAUAAUAAAAAUAGUACAAUACCCAAAUUUUUGUGGUUUUGAACAAUUGAUUUUUGCUGGAAUUUUUAUUAUAUUGCUUUGAUUUUUAUAAAUAACAUAUUGCAUUACUUGGUUUUUUUUUGUGACUCGUAUUUAUGUGUUUUAUGCAUUUUAUGAUUUCUACUUCAUUUUUUUUUUCGUUUUAUGAAUAAUUCUAUUAAAAUUUACUCUCUCUGAGAGAGAAAUUCAUUUUGAUUCACUGUAUAGAAAUGUUGUAAAUAAAAGAUAUUUUUAUAAUGUC